AUGACAAGUCGACUUUCCUGUAAGUUUCCAGCAGGGCUAGAAACAUCACUAGCUUUUCGGGACGAUACGUACCGACAGGGAUGCCUGCUACACGACAUCCACUUCAACCCGUACGAGAUGGUCCUGAUGUUAGAGAAUGAUGGUGACAUAUACAAAACGCACGCCCACUAUUUCUGCCUGGCUUCAAUGAAGGUCAUAGAUGAGUACGAUACAAUCGUCACUCAAACAAAGGAUCGUAUCGAUGAGUAUCUAUGUUGGAUGAUCAUCGAUAACAAAGAAUUGAUUAUGCUACCUGUAUCGAAGUGUAAUCGAGUACACGCCGAGGCGGUAAUCAAGCGAAUAGAAGAACCGUUAGCUCGACUUCGCCUCUUUAGUAACAAUGACUGCGUUGAAGUCGAGAAACGAUGGCGCGAAAAGGUUAUAUCGGCACGAAAUAAAUAUCCAUUAAUUGAGAAAUCCUCUAGCGCCAAUCAGAUCCGUAUUUGA